AUGAUUAUCGGAUAUGUCCGCAAGUCCCCCUCUGACGUAAAUUUUGAAACCCGGCUGAAACUCGUACAACAAAUGGUUGACAAUCUGCGUGAUCGUUCCCUGGUUGAUAAGGUUUACGUUUCAGUAUCUAGUCAUGCAUCUUCGCCUUUUAAUGAAAGGGAUUUGAACAAAAAUGACGGGAUUAUGGAAAAACUCAAUCAUGUAACUGGAAAUACUUCAGAUAUGUUAGAGUAUCUGCAAUCCAUUGAUCAUGAUAUUUGUUUGACUUCUAUUGACUUUGCUGGGAUAGCUUCACGUGCCUAUCUUGUAAAAGAUUUGUUAGAAGAGUACCCUAUCAUAAAGAAAGUAGCUAUUGAAACGUUUAUUUCUAAUAACGAAAUUCUUCUUCUGGACUCUCAACUUCUGCUGUCAGAUAAUCAAGUACUUGAAAGAUUUGAUUGCAGAAAAAAGCUAAUUCAACGAUCAAAAUGA